GUCAUCUAGACGGUCGCUCAAAAACUGGCACGAUUUACGGGAAAAGUGGGUUUUCCAACAGGCUACGACACAGCCAGUCCGUAUCUGGGUAAAGCCUGAGCUACACUGGGGCUACAUUGCGCUAAACUCGUCGUCUUUAUUUCAAAACAUCUGUCAACCUAUAUUUCCACAUUUGCAGAUUCAUACUGUAUUCGGGCUUCUGCUCAGUCACUGGGGUUUUGUGGGAUCGCGCGCCGAGUUUCAUUAACAAAGCCCGCGUUCACUUGGCAAGUUGACAACCACCUUCGUAAUACCGUUCACGCCUGAUUUUGGUUUUUAGAUUUUGUGAAGCCAGAUAACACAAAGAAACCCUGGGUAGGUUACGCUUCCUUCGUAGUAUACAGCCACGCGAAGAGCUGACGAGCUAGCUGGUGUAGCUAUCCAUGGGUGAAAUAUUCUUCUGAGCAAGCCUGGAUGUACUCAAAUGCUAAAACCAGAUGUUUUUAAACGUAGUAGACAUUGGUAAAAUAGUGCCAGUUCUACAAUUGCUCUUUUUAAUUUAGUGUAGGUGAAAAUGCAGGUAAAAAACAAAACUGGUGCACAUGGCACAACAUUGAAAUGACGCAAGCAAAACAUACAAAACAGGACGUGGUGAAUGUAACGAAACUUCUGCUGGUGACACCCCCUCCGGCCGUAUAAUGAAACUUGUUAUAGAAAUAUUACAGAUAAAUAUAUUUUUGCAGCUCCGUGAGGUUAAUUUAUUAUCUUACUGGAUAAAUUGCAGCAUAUCUUUGGAUGGAAAACGUUCGCUGGAAAUUUACGUAAAGGGUUCCCCUCAUAAAGACUGGAAGUUGACUAUUUGUUUCGCAUUUGGAAAGGCUUUGGAGGUGGGAGGAGCGAUCUCAAAGUCCCAGUCCUCGGCUGCUCUUUUAAAGUUCCGAUCCUGUCUCUGGAACAUGGCAGCGUCAACAAGUCGGACAUGUGCGGCGGUGGAGCGGUCGAUUCGGCAGCGCGUGCCGCCGCUGCUCACCGAUCUCUACCAGUUCACCAUGGCUUACGCCUACUGGCGCGCGGGCAGGCACAGCGAGCCGGCCGUGUUCGAGCUCUUUUUCCGCAGCAACCCCUUCGAUGGUGGCUUCUCGCUUUUCUCCGGGCUGCAAGACUGUCUGCUCUUCCUACGGAGCUUCCACUUCACGGACGAAGAUGUGGAGUACCUGUGCUCAGUGCUGCCCCCUGGCUCAGACCCCGCCUUCUUCUCUUACCUGCGGAAGCUGGACUGCAGUGGAGUGACCGUGCGCUCGGUACCUGAGGGGACUGUAGUCUUCGCCAGGGUGCCCCUGAUGGAGGUCUCCGGCCCUCUGGCUGUGGUCCAGCUGCUGGAGACCAGUCUUCUGUGCCUCGUCAACUACGCCAGUCUGGUGUGCACUAACGCGGCACGGUUCCGGCUGGCUGCGGGCUCCAGGCGGAGGCUGGUGGAGAUGGGCCUGCGCAGGGCCCAGGGGCCCGACGGGGGGCUGACUGCUUCCCGCUACACCUACAUGGGGGGGUUCGACCUGACCAGCAACGUCCUGGCUGGCUACCUGUUCGGAAUCCCCGUGGCCGGCACCAUGGCCCACUCCUACGUCACUUCCUUUUCCUGUCUGGAGGAGGUGUGGCCUCAGAGCUUGGUUCCAGCCAAUGGGGCGGGAGACGGCCCCGUUGACCUCAUCUCCCUGAGCAGGGAUUGGCUGGGACGGGUGUGUGACCUGCUGGGGGCGGAGCCGGGCGGGGCCCGCCAGGGGGAGCUGGCCGCAUUCCUGUCGUACGCGAUCGCCUUCCCCCGCAACUUCCUGCCCGUCAUCGACUCCUACAGCGUCGCCAGCGGAUUGGUUAAUUUCUGCACAGUGGCCCUGUCCCUGUGUGACCUGCAGUACCAGCCGCUGGGCGUGCGCCUGGACAGUGGCGACCUCUGCAGGCAGUCCCUGGAAGUGCGACGGGCCUUCAGGGCCUGUGCAGAGCACUUCUCAGUUCCAGCCUUCCACUCACUGAUCAUCGUGGGAACAAACAGCAUCACAGAGCACAGUGUACAGGAACUCAACAAGAAGGAGAAUGAGAUCGAUGCUGUGGGGGUGGGGACUCACCUGGUCACCUGUACCCAGCAGCCCUCCCUCGGCUGUGUGUACAAGCUGGUGGAGGUGAAGGGAAGCCCCAGGAUGAAGCUGAGUGAGGACCCAGAGAAGAGCACCAUGCCGGGGAAGAAGAGCGUGUACCGGCUCCUGGACGCCCAGGGCCACCCCUUCCUGGACCUGCUGUGCCUGUCGGAGGAACCGCCCCCUCAGGCGGGCGUGGCUCUCAGGUGCCACCCUCUCGGGGGGGACCAGGACGUCGCCACGGUGACGGCCUCCCAGGUGACCAGACUGCGGCAGGAAGUCUUCUCUCAGGGACAGAUCACCCACCCCCUCAGAAAUGCGAAGGAGGUCAGAGAGAGUGUUCAGAGCUCCCUAAAGACCCUGCAGCCACAACACAAGAGGCUAAAGGACCCCGAAAUAUACACAGUGGCAGCAUCAGAGAAACUCCACGCAGUUCUGAAAGAGGUCAGACGUGGUGACCGCAAGCAGAACAGCAGCAGCGGCAAGAUCCUUGUGGAGAACUGAAGCUUCUGAGCAUGUUGGCCAUAAUCGCAGCUAAAACAUCCGUUUGGUGAAAUUAUUUUUUAAAUGUACACUGUUCAGCGAUAGAACCGGGGGCGAGGCGGUCGGCUAUCGGUAAUCACUGGUUCUUCAUCGACCGUUUUCCCUCCAUUUUUUCAGUGUUGGCCGGUCGAUUGCACAGCAGAAGCGUCAUUACUGGUGAACCCGGCUGAUAUCCCACCAGUGGCCAGUUUGCAUGCACACCAAUUAUUUUAAGGCAAUAUUCCAAUUAAGCUUUUACAUUAUUGCGUGUGAAUUAUUACGAACAACAUUCAGUUCACUGCAUCGGAAAGAAAUCCGGAUGUUUGCAUGCACCGCUAAUCCAAAAGACAGGGCAGAAAUCCAUGUGUGUUACCGGGGGUUUGGCCUAAUGCGAUAAGCUUUCACCCCUGUCACUGUAUGUCUCUGCUUUUCACAUGAUCGCCCUCAUGACUGGACUUGGAUUGUCUUAAUCGGGCUGUGAUCCGUUUACUACUGUGCAUGAAAAGGUGUUUUCAAAAGCACGUCUUUAUGUCUGAAAAAUACAUCCUGAUAUCUCCUGGCACUUAUCAACUGUUUUUUAACAACAAGAAGAAAAAAAAACAAAAACAAAUUGAGGCGUAUGACGGGUGGGCGAGUUCUGCAAGAGGAAAAAAAAAAAAAAAAAAACGUAUCGAACGACACGAGAGUAACUGUGUGGACCGAAUUCUGUUCAAUUCAAUACAGCGUUAUUUUGUGUAUGGGGGUGCACGUCUUCAUUCGCGUGAGACACCAUGGGAGGUGCCGUAUGUUAAGUGUGAGGGUCUGCACAGCACUGCCAUACCAUGCAGGAUUUUUACCUUGGAAAAUAUUUAUUAAAUAAUUACGCUCACGGUUGUAGCUAGCCAGCUACCGCAACGGCGAAGGUGGAGAAGCGCAAGCACAGUGAAGCGAAACGUCACCCAAAAAAAAGUUUCUUAAAAAAGCAUGGAGAGUCAACCUUGGAAUUGCAUUUCCUUGAUGGCGACAGCUGUCGAAAAAAAAUUGAGAUAUAAAAAUAAAAACGGUUUAAAAACGGGGUACAGAAAUAUUUUUAAAAAACGAGGUCAGUGGGGAGGCUUGAGGAUGUAGGCAUAGACUUCUUUGGUUGUAAACACAGGACCACAGCAAGGCGAAAAAAAAAAACCUGCAUGGUAUGCCUUUGAACUGUUUUCUGUGCGGAAUGUUUUUGUGAUAUACGGUGGUCCUUACCCAGAAUUCACUGCUCACAAGUAAUGUCCUGUUGCUAAUGAUGUCAUUCAGUCAUUACUUCAGUUUUUGCCAGUGAUGUAAAGUUUAUAUUAAAAUAUAAACUUGCCAGAUAUGUUACGUGUUAUUUGUAAGCGCUCUGUACUCUCGAUGCUUAAUUUAAUUGCAUGUUAGAGGACUUUACUUAAAUGUUAGGGACUGCCAUUGUAUUCAGAGACCUAUUUACAGUGUUGUCCUGUUAGUAGCAUCGAAGCAUAAUUUUUGACUGCAGAACCAUACAUACGUGAUAACAUUUUUUUUUAAAAAGAAUAAGCACUAAUUACAUUGUUUAAAUGUGUAUAUACUCAGAACUAAUGGCCGUACUGGUCUAGAAAUAUAAUUUAAUGUAAACUACAGAAAUCUAAUGUCAGCAUUAAGCACAACACCGUUUUAGCAUGAACUAUUGCCAUUAAAAUGCUGUGUAAAAUCUUC